AUGUGUUUCAAACAGACAUACAUGUGCGAACCAGGACAUGAGAUUGAAUCGAACAUAACAGAGUGUGGGAAAGACCCAUAUUCUUGCUUCAUUAACAAUAAUAUCAUAGAAGGGGAGCCUAUAUUAUUAUCAAGAGAUGAUUGUAACCAAUGCUUGGGUUUGCCGAAAGCAACAAUAGAAUCGUACAGGAAGUCUGGACGUACAGUCGCCUCUCAACUAGACUGGGACCAUGCAUAUGACGCGGAAAUAUUUGUGGUUUUUUACUUACGACGAGCACUUCAAGGUUGGAGAUACAAGUACCUAGCAUGGGAACGGGCCGGACGGGUGACUCCGCAAUCGGAAUAUUGGACGCCAAAGGAACAGGAAAAUGUGAAGCUCUCUGCUAUAAAAGCAGUGGAGCUCUCUGCUAUGCAAGCAACUCAGCCCUCCGCUACGGAGCUCUCCGCUAUCAAAGCAACGAAGUCGUCCGCUGAGAAAGCAAAGCAGUCGAAAUUUCGGCUAGUUCUAAAUCCGCAAACUUCCUCGGCCAGAUCUCGCACAGCAGUACGAACAAAAUCAGACGCUCAGAGAUCAGCCAAAAAAACUGCCGGAACUUACACAUGGAACUCCAAAGAAGCUCAGAGCGCCUUUGAAGCAGCGUAUGUGCCUUAUGCCAUAAAAAUCAUUGAGCGUAGGCGGGCUCAACACUCAGAAGCAUCGCUGCAACGAAUGAAUACAUCCGACCGGCUUGAUAUAUUGAAACAUGUCGCGAGAGAGCUACAGAAAUUAUUCAAAGAUGAACUUCUGCCCCCAGAGUUCCAACGCACUUUCACCGAAAGCACUCAUCUUGGUAAUGCAGGUAGGUCUGAUGAUUCACAUGCUCAGGGCUCGACCGCCAAGAAAACUUCUCAAACAACGAUCAAUUCCAAGGAGGGUAGAAGACUCGAAGACAUACUAGACCAUUAUCCUCCGGGUUACAACAGCGAGGGCGGGUCUGGUUUCUCUGGCAUGAGCAGCCCCGAAACAAAAAGUCCCAGUGCUUCGGAACUAGAAAGUGAUAAGCGAAAAGGGAAGGGAAAAGCCAAGGCUACUCAUUCAAGCCCGAAUGAUCGUGCACAUGGAUUUCCUCCUUCAGACAACGAAUACCAUCCAGGCGAUUUUCUUACAGAAGAGGCGGAACGUACUCAGCGACGAGAGCAAGCCCGGGUUGCGGCAAGGAACCAAGAAGCAGCACGCAUGCACAUGGAAGAGAAUCGAAUUCGAAUGGAAGCUGCACGACACCAGCCGUACAUACAAAGCAACUUGCAGCCUCAACAACCACCUAUUACGAAUGACCAAGAAUACUAUGAUAUGAUGAACCAAGAUUUCACUACCCACCACUGGGCAGUCGAUCGCUCUAAGAACGACGAGAUUUAUGCUGAAACUCAACCCCCAGACACUAGCGAGCAGUCUUCAACGCUCCGUUCUGGCAAAACGGUGGCUGCAGGAAAGCAACGGGCAGCAAAGACAAACAACAGUGCAAUUCCUAGGGAACGAAAAAAUACCAAAGAGGGUAAUAGAGUGCAGUAUCUUCAAAGAAUGGCCGAUGAUAUUGCUAAUCAGAAUACAUGGGCGCACUCAGACGACAAGGAAAGCUUUGUAAGAUCUUACGUGGAGGAGGCGAUUAAAGAGGAGGAUAAUCAAAAGGGCACGACGGCUAAUGGCCGGAGGAUCCCCUGGAAGCAAGAAAAUCAUGAUCGGAUUUUGGAUCGACUCAGGAGACGACCUGGAUUAAGAAUGGAUCCAAACAAUUUUGUAUCGAUCACAGUCGAUUACCGCAGUCAUCGGACAGGUUAUGCAACUCGUCCAGUUAAAGUCGCCAACCCCAACAAUCAUCCGACGGUAAAAACAUAUCCACCAGGUUACGACAGCCCGGGUAGUUCCAAUCCCCCAAGCACUCCAUCCAUCACCAAGAGCCCACCACUACCAACACGCGGACUAUCUCCGAGCGACGACCGAGAAUAUUGGGCUGCAAAUCCCACCCCCCAUGAUUGGGUAUUUAACCGUUCUUACAACGAUGAUCUGUCCGCAGUCUCCAGCCCUAAGAGUUCUAGGGAGCAGUCUCCAGCACCCCGUUCUAGCGGCACUUCACCCUGUGUUGCAAAUCAGUCCCCCACCAGUCGCGGCACGGGGAACGAACAACGUAGUCGUGCCACGUCGAGAACAAGCUCCAAGGGAUCCAGUGACGGCAGUGCUUUUAUGGCUGAUGUUUUUGACUUCUCGGCGGCGUCAACGCAUACGCCAUCUCGUUCAACUGGUGCGCCUCAGCCCAUCUCAGCCUCGCAUGCCCAGCAUGUAGGCCCCUCGACGCAUACCACUGUAGGAAAGGCUCCAACUACUGCAGGAAAGGCUCCAACUACUGCAGGAAAGGCUCCGAAUACUGCAGGAAAGACUCCUACUACUGCAGGAAAGACUACUACCACUGCAGGAAAGACUACUACUACUACUGCAGGAAAGACUCCUGCAAGCCAGAAGACGGUUGCUGCGUCGAAGCGUCCAACCGAAAGUUCUGCAUCGAGUUCCAGCGUAAAGGAAGACAAGGGUAAGAAAUCUCUCAAAAGUUCUGCAUCAAGCUCCGGCCCAAAGGAAGAUAAGGGUAAGAAACCUCUCAAGAAGAAGUAA